AAAUAAACAUGAUCAACGAUCCAAAUCCACCUAAACCUGCUUUAAUUUUGAAAGAGAUACCAGCUAUAAUUCUAGAGGUUAAAAAGGCGCAUGAAUAAUUAAAGAAUUAUGAAAAGGAUUUCGAAGAAAGGACUAAAAAAUUUAGUAAUUUAACUCAAACAAUGACUGUAAAUUUUGAAUGUAGUUUAACAAGAGAACCAAUAAAAUAUGCGGUAUUAAUAAAUAUCAAAAAGAAAGGUUUUUUUAGCAGAAUGUUUCAAGUCUUUCAAGCACUACGAUUCGAUAAUAGAUUUAGAGCAAUUUUUAAAAUUAAACUAUUCCUCUACAGCUUAACAGGCAACCAAAGUAUUUUCCUGUCCUAUAUGUAAAACUUAAACUAAGUUUGAGAAUAUAGAACAAGCCUUCUUUCCUCAUUUGAUAAUAAAUUAGUUAAGAUCAAAAGUAUUUAUCAUGAAUUUAGAAAUAGUGUGGGGAAUUGCCUUAACAUAUGAUGUAUAAUUUUGCUGAUAAAACAUUUUAUCCAUUGCACAAGGGAAAAAUGGGAAAUUUGUAAAAUGCCUAUUUUGAAUAGAUUGCAAAAUUGAUGAAAAAGGAAAUUAGACCAUAAAGUUAAUUCUAUUAAAUUGCUUAAAGCUUGAAUGAGCAUUUUAGCUUUUUGUUUUAUAACAAUUGUUCUUUGAGCUCUAUCAAGGUGAUGAUUCCAGUUAGGAGUUAGAAAUGCAAUCAUUUUGAAGUUUAUGAUUUGACAGCAUUAUUGUACCAUUUUGAUAAAAAAGAAAAAUAAUUUAAAUGUAAAAGACCUGAAUGCAAAUCAAUAAUUAAUGAAGAUGAUUUAUGUUUAGAUAAAGAUUUAUUCAACAGUUGUUUAAAGUCAUAUAGUUUUAGAUUUUCCUUCAUAUACAACAAAGAUAAACGCUAAUUGGAAGACAUUUUGGAAGAAAAAUAAGAUAUUAAUCUUGUGAAAUAUCGAUAAUUUAACAAAGCAUCAGAAUACUUAAAUUACUAAUCAAAAAUUUAUAAGUUAGUGGAUUAGAUUUACACAAGUCCUCUUAAUCAAGAUAGGACAGAGGAGUUUUAUACGAAACAUACCGUAGACCAGAUUGCGAGCGAAAAAUUGGAGUUUAAGUUUUGUUAAUUUACUGGUUAGAGAAUAGAGCUACCUUGUAGAUGCAUUAGAUGUGAAUAGAUUUAAACUUGCGAUUUAAGGUAUAUGAGUUGUAUUUUGAAUCAAUUUUAAAACCCUGCUGAAACCAAAAUGGUUGGUAACGUCAUAGAUUCUUGUCCUCUUUGCAAAAAUCCUUUCACAAAGAAGGUAAAACCUAAAGAUAUCGCUUUAAAUGAGCAAGUCUAUGUAGAUGUAAAGAUGAUGAAUUUCAUUACUAUAACAACUGGAUUUCUAAAUAUCAAUAAGAAGGACUUCAUCAAUUUUUUGAACAAUAAAUUGAUUUCAAAAGUCAUCGUCAAAAAUGAUUAAGAAUCAAUCUUGAAAGGUAAAUAGGCUAUAACCACAAUAAAAUUGAAAGUAUAAUAAUUUAAGUGAAUGUAGUGUCCAAUAUCAAAGUUGAAGAUCUUAAGGCCAAUAAGAGGAAACAAUUGUAUUCACCCUUAACCCUUUGAGUAAGGCAUAAUAGAUUUGCAUUAAGAUGGGGAAAUCGAUCUAAACCAAAUGAAUUGUCCAAUUUGUGAAACAAAGUUCGACUAUUUUAUAGAAGACAAUUUUUUGAAGGAUCAAUUAUAAAUAUUUUACUCAUAAAAUUUAGAAGAAUGUGACUCUGUUCGAUUAAAUAUAAUGAAUGAUAAAAUUUCUAUAAAACCCAGAAAUUAGUGAUUG